CACUGAUCCUCUAGCUGCACGGGAUCUAGCUGCACACUCGAGGUUUAUGGCUUCAUGAUGAUGAGGACCCGGUUGAAUACAAUUACCUGGACAUGAAGAGGGUCCUGUUACUGUAGAGAUCACGUACUAUACACGUCACUGCAUUCGUCAGUAAAAGAGAAACAUUACAAGAAUAUCUGACAAAUUCAGUUUCUGAACAAGACAAUGUCUGACAAGAACCAAACCUCAGACCUUCCUGAUGCACACAGAGAUACAGAUAACACUGACAUAGUGAAAGAUGAGAUAACAGAAGAUCUCUGUGUUAGGCGUCAGCUGGGAGCCCCUGAUGAGAAAACUAGUGACAGUAUCAGCUCAGAUACAGAUAACACUGACAUAGUGAAAGAUGAGAUAACAGAAGAUCUCUGUGUUAGGCAUCAGCUGGGAGCCCCUGAUGAGAAAACUAGUGACAUUAUCAGCUCAGUAGAAGAUAAAGCUGAUAUAGUGAAAUUUGUGAAAACAGAAGAUCUGUGUGUGAGGCAUCAGCUGGGAGAUGUGGAAACCAGUGACAUCAUCAGCCGAGAUACAGAUAACACUGACAUAGUGAAAGAUGAGAUAACAGAAGAUCUCUGUGUUAGGCAUCAGCUGGGAGCCCCUGAUGAGAAAACUAGUGACAGUAUAAGCUCAGUAGAAGAUAAAGCUGAUAUAGUGAAAUUUGUGAAAACAGAAGAUCUGUGUGUGAGGCAUCAGCUUGGAGAUGUGGAAACCAGUGACAUCAUCAGCCGAGAUGAAGAUAAAGCUGAUAUAGUGAAAGCUGAGAUAAUAGAAGAUCAGAGUGUAAAGCAACAGCUGGAAACUCCAGAUGAGGAAACUAGUGACAGUAUCACAUACGAAGAUAGCGCUGAUAUAGUGAAAUUUGUGAUAACAGAAGAUUUGUGGGCGAGGCCUCAGCUGGGAGCUCCAAAUGAAGAAACAAGUGACAGUAUCAGCUCAGAUGAAGAUAAGAAAGUUGAGAUAACAACAGAAGAUCUGUAUACGUGUGAUCAGGUGAAGACUGAGGAGGAUGAAGUUCCUAUAAAUACGGCUACAGGUAGCUUCACAAAUCACAGUUAUCCUAGUCAUGGUCAGAGUGCUGAUACCCCUCUCAAUCUUUAUCAAGGACAAAGUCACCUGGGAACUUUAUGCACUGAAUGUGGGAAAUGUUUUGCCAAGAAGUCAAAUCUUCUUAGACAUCAGAAGAUUCAUGCAAGAGAGAAAGGAUUUUCGUGUUCUGAAUGUGGAGAAUGCUUUUCUCUCAAAUCACAUCUUAUUACACAUGAGAAAAUUCAUACAUUAGAAACAACAUUUAUAUGUUCUGAAUGUGGGAAAUGUUUUUCCACAAAAUCAAAUCUUGUUACUCAUCAAAAAAUUCAUACAGGAGAAAAGGCAUUUUCAUGUUCUGAAUGUGGGAAAUGUUUCACCCAGAAAUUCAGUCUUAUUAAGCACCAGAAUAUUCACAAAGAUGAGAAAGCAGCAUUUGUAUGUCCUGAAUGUGGGAAAUGUUUUACACUGAAAUCGUACCUUCUUGCUCAUCAGAAAAUUCAUACAGGAACCAAAGCAUUUUCGUGUACUGACUGCGGAAAAUGUUUUUUCCUUAAAUCUGAUCUUAUUAGACAUCAAAAAAUUCACACAGGAGAGAAAGCAUUUUCAUGUAUUGAAUGUGGGAAAAGUUUUACUCUGAAAUCACACCUUACUACUCAUCAGAAAAUUCAUUCAGGAGAAAAGCCAUUUUCGUGUUAUGAUUGUGGGAAGUGUUUUAUUCAGAAAAUACAACUUAUUAAACAUCAGAAAGUUCAUCGUAAAGAUAAAAAAAAUAAUGUUCUGAAUGUGGGAACUGUUAGGAAAUCAGAUAUUUAGAAUCCCCAACUUCUCCACUACAUACCCUGCUUAAUAUAGUAGUGCUGAAAAUUAUUCAAAUUUUCUCUACUGAACUUUGGUCAUUUUAAUGGAACAUUGUAGUUAUUUUAAAAAUCAGAACUGAUUAAAUGCUUACUAUGUGAAUAA